AAUCAGGGGGAGAGAGAGAACGAGAGAGAGAGGGAGGGAGAAAGAGAGAGAGAGAGACUGAAUCAUUGAUUCUGAUUGAUUCUCAGUGGAGAUGAUGCUGUCGAUGUGGAUUGCAAAUUCUUCCCCCUCCACUUCGUUAAACAUGACAUUGCUCACAAUGAGAACCGGUCUGCUCCUCACAGGUCUGCCCGAUAAGGUGGGUGUUUUCUGGGAAGGAUCUGUCUCUUCACUCACUUCGAUAAUCACCCUUGAUUGAGCGCAUCUUUUGCGGCGAAACGCGUCCAAUUGACUGACUGCACCGUUUACGUCCACGUGACCGCUGUUUCCCCUCCUGCAGGUAUAGUCUGUGUGGGUGCGCGGCGGCUGGACGCUGCAUGUGAACGCAAAGUGAUCGAUUUCUCCACGGUGUACGCCAUGGUCAGCCACUGUCAGACCCCUGCCUUCACGGACUUUACCGGCGUGACCCUCUCCGUGUACGGGAGCGCCAAGGCGGACGCGUGUGCGCGUCGGAACAGCUCUGCUUUUGGAGCUCAGAUUUCCCGGAGCCUCCAUGACAUCCCGACGCAAAUGAACAGUUCCAGCCCCGGUAACAAGCGACUGAAUGCGGCCAAAGCUCCGCGCUCCUGCUUCCCUCUGCCACCGGUGCAAGUGAACGGCGGCCUCUGCUCGGAGAAAGACGUGGACGCCGAGCUCGCUGACGCCGAGAACGCCCUGAUGCGAUGCGGGCAAAACCUGCCGCUGCUGAUUGGGGGUCAUUCGGGGGGGCUUUAUAGCCAGAAUCUCCACUGUGACAGCCCCCCUAACCACCUUCUUCAGGACGGCCCUCACCAGGACUCCAGAUCCUCCUCCUUCCAGAGGACCCUGCCGGGGGCCUCACCUGGUCUGGACUGCAGGAGUGCCAGCACGGCUCGGUCCUCUCUGCCUUACCUCGUCAAGCAGGAGAACUCGAUGGGUUAUAAAAGUGACGGCACGGGACCGGGUUCCAGGUUCCAGGUCAGACGAACGGUACAAAGUCUGGCGUUGCCGAGGGAGGUGGCGGUGUCGGCUCCACACGUUGGUAACAACGGCAGUAGUGGAAUUUGUACGGCAGGCGGUGCAGGAAGAGCUGCGGCGAGUGACGGACUGCAGCCAUUUAAUAAUGAAGAUGGCUCCUCCCCGUUAGCUUUGUCUCCGACUGGCUCCCAUCAUUCAGCGCGGAUGAUCGGCGCUAACAGUCUGAAGAGACGCUGCUUGUCCCAGUCUGUCUCUGCUAUUGGCACGGGCAGGCCGACCGCCACCAGUUCACCGUCAGCCACUGGCGCGUUGUCCGAAGAGAUCAAUAUCACCGCCACCGCCUGCUCCUCCUCCCAGAUGUCAAUAGUCGCCUGCGUCAACAGCUUCCGUACUAAUCUCUCACCUAGCAGUGCCGGCUUCUCCUCCUCCUCCUCUUCCUCCACCUCUUCUACAUCCCCACCCUCUAAUUCCUGCGCACAGGAAGUCCAUCAGAGGCCCCAAGCGCACAGCAGCCCCCAGCAGGCCGCGGUACAGGAGAGCUGUCAGCUGUCAUCGCCUGCCUCCUGUCUUUUAUCUGCGUCCUCCACCGCGUCCUCCUCCUCCUCCUCCGUGUCAUCAGUGGAGCCGGAGCAGGGCCAAGGGCAGAGCCAGGGGCCGUGUGAGGAGCCGGGCUCCAUGCUGCAGGGGCGUGGGGCCGGAGGGAUCGCCGGGGGUGGAGUGGGAGGCUCCGACGGACUUGGCCUCCUGAUGACUGGGCCUCUGAUGUCUGGGACGCUGCCCUCAGGAGCUGAAGCCAGGGCUCUCCUGGAUGAAAGCAGAAAAUCCAGAGCUGUCCUCAAGCAGGAGCCUCUGGACGACUUCUCUCCCAGUGAAGAUGAACUCUUUCAGCAACACUAUCACCCUCAUCUCAGUAGCCACAGUGGGCACCUUCAUCACCUCCACCACCCUCCUCGACCUGCCAUGCCUCCACCCUAUCAUCUGCAUCAAUAUGUGGGGCCGGGCCCUGGGGGGCUCCUGCACAACCUGAGCCAACCAUCAGCGCCGGCCUCCGCCCUGGGACAAAAACAGACAAACGGCGGCUCGUCCGGGUCCCACGCGGCCCCAGAACAGGACGAGUGUAUUGGACCACUAGGUGACAAACAGGUCUGCCGCUGGAUUGACUGCAGCGCUGCGUACGAACAGCAGGAGGAGCUAGUGAGGCACAUUGAGAAGGUUCACAUUGACCAACGCAAAGGUGAGGACUUCACCUGUUUCUGGGCCGGCUGCAUUCGCCGAUACAAGCCGUUCAACGCACGCUACAAGCUGCUGAUUCACAUGAGGGUCCACUCUGGAGAGAAACCCAACAAGUGUAUGUUCGAGGGUUGUAACAAAGCAUUUUCACGUCUGGAGAAUCUGAAGAUCCACCUGAGGAGUCACACGGGAGAGAAACCGUACCUGUGCCAGCAUCCCGGCUGCCAGAAAGCUUUCAGCAACUCCAGCGACCGCGCCAAGCACCAGCGCACCCACCUGGACACGAAACCAUAUGCGUGUCAGAUUCCUGGCUGUACCAAGCGUUACACAGACCCGAGCUCGCUACGCAAACAUGUCAAGAUCCACUCUGCCAAAGAGCAGCAGGUGCGUAGAAAGCUGCGGCCGUGUCCUCACCUGGAGCAGGACGUCCUGAGUGACUGUUUGUCCAUGCAGCACCUGCAGAGCUCCACAUCCUCUCACAACCUCUACAACGGCAAAGACGGCUGUUCUCCUGGACUGGACAUCUAUACAGGCCUGUACGCUGGCUCCAGCACCCCGCACCACAGCGCCUCGGUGGAGCUGCUGUCCCCCACCCCCAACCCCGUCUCCACCAGUGACCUGCCGCCUCGACAACACAGACACGUCCGUGACCUCGGCAGCCCUCAUCACCUGUCACCUCUGACAGCUAUGGAGGGCACCAGAGAAGGGUAAUUAUUUGUUUGUUUAUUUAUGAAACUCACGGGAUGGUACCGAGGAUUGGAACCAUUAAAGUGCUUGUGUCUCGGAUAAUUGUGGUAAACACUAGAUUGAAAAAACUGAAAAUUAUGAAAAUUCUAACUUGGAAGCAUCUAAACCUGUCCUGCCCCUCAAGAAUAUUCAAUAAAACUGAGGUUGAACUUGUUAAACAAGGGCAAGAUGCAGAGCAGCAGAGGAAUCAUUUGUCAACAAACAAUGAGAUAAAUGAAAAAAAAUCAUCAAGUUUUAUACAGAUACAUACUUGUGGGUUAGGGGCAGUGGUGGCUUAGUGGUUAAGGAAGCGGUUUUGAGUCC